AUGGCCAUUUCCAACACUUCCCCAGCACCUAACAAUGGUUUGGACGCGUUUUUGGACGCGUCACAUGACGCGGAGCUCCCUGUCACACUGGGUCACAUCACCAUUGCUUCCUCAGCACCUGAUGCUGGCUCUGGCGCAUUUUUGGCCACAUCAUGUGACACUCCAGGCCAUGUCCCCAGGCAGGAGCCCAGACCUACUGUCGACUGGAAUGCCAGGCUUCUGCAGGGCUUUGAUGCAAGUUUUGCUGCCCACCUGCAGCAAUGUUAUCGCCAGCCUGUCAACAUGCUGGCCCCACCUCCCACCUCCACAACUCCUCCAGUACCUGCUGCUUCUGAGUUGUCGGCGCCUGCUGUGACCGACUGGUCUGCUGAACUCCAUCGCCGCUGGUCCGAGAGCCACAUGACGCGUCUUGAACGGAGACAAGUCAACAACCCGUAUGCUAAGGUCGCCACUCGGCGAGAGGAUCGCAAUGCCAUGGAUCAGCAACUCCAUGACCUGCAACGAUCUAAGAGUGAUGAUAGGGAUGUGGAUACCUUCUGCUCUCAGUUGGAGGAGGCACUGAAAUGUCGAAAGCGUCGCAAAGUGGUGGAUGCUUGGCGAAAGCACAUCUUUGAGCAGAAGAAGGGAAAAAGUCGAGAGGAGCGUCGGCAUUUGGAUGAGCUAUGCAGGAGGGCCCUCCACCUGGCUGGGAGCCUUCUGAAUAGUUUUUUGUGUUAG